AUGCCUCCACGAAGAAAAUACAGUGCCGUAUGGGCUCAUUUUAGUGAAAAUGAAAAUAAAAAAUUGGCGAAGUGCAAUUAUUGUCAUCAGCCUAUAAGUAUAGCGAGUGGUUCUGUGGGAAAUUUAAAUAGACAUUUAAAAAGUAAACAUCCUACCAUUUUAGUUCAAUCUGAAAGACUUGAAAACUUACUUGAACUAAAUGAAGUGCAGCAAAUGAAUAAUGAAACCGUAGAGGUGAAGAAUAAUCCUCAAGUUCAAUCUUCAUCUUCAUCACAAACAUGUGUACUUCGAGUAACCUCAAAUCAACCUACCAUUACUCAUUUUAUACGAAAACCACCUCCAGCUCGUAAAACUGAACAAAUCGACAGGCAGAUGUUAAAAAUGAUUGCUAAGGGUCAUCAUGCUUUUAGAAUUGUAGAAGAACCAGAAUUCAGAAAACUUAUUGAAAUGGUGUCAUUUUGUCCUGGAUACCAACCACCGACAAGAAAAUCACUGUCUAAUAAUUUAAUGACUACUGUCGAAAAUAGUAUUUCGGAAGAUAUAAAAGAAAAAUUAAUAUCUGCAAAAGCAGUUUGUAUUACAACCGAUGGUUGGACAUCCCGGAACAAUGAUAGUUUUAUAGCUGUCACGGCUCACUUUAUAAAUAGUGAAACAAAACUUUGUUCAUGUACUCUUGGUUGUAUACAAUACGAUGAAAGACAUACGGCUGAUAAUUUGUGUAGUUUUUUAAAGGAAAUGUUUAAUAAAUGGAACAUAUGUAAUAAAAUAGGUGCUGUAGUUUCAGAUAAUGCUUCAAAUAUAUUAGCAGCAGUUCGUGUAGGAGAGUGGAGGUCAAUUGGUUGCUUUGCACACUUAUUAAAUUUAAUCGUCAGGACCGGUACUGUUCCCAUAAAUAACCAGCUAAUUAAAGUAAAACGCAUUGUAGAAUAUUUUAAACGAAGCACUCAAGCACAAAAAAAAUUAAGUGACACCCAGCAACAGAUGGGACUUCCACUCCUCAAAAUUAAACAAGAUGUUGUGACGAGGUGGAACUCAACAUACGAUAUGUUAAGUCGUAUUGUAAAAAUAAAAGAGGCAGUAAUAGCAACAAUUGCACUUUUAAAAAGUGAUCUUAUUCUCCUAGACAGUGAUUGGAUUAUAAUAGAGGAAUCAGUCAAUAUCUUAGAAAUAUUUUAUGGAAUUACUACAGAAAUAAGUAGUGAAAAAACAGUAAGUUUGUCUAAAGUAAUAGUUUUUAUUAAAAUAAUGACGCAAAAUGUCGCACAAACUAUAAAAAAUCAUCAAGAAUGUCAACAGCCAAUAACUGAAAUUAUGGAAAUGCUUUACGCUAUACAAGAAGGUAUUUUAACUAGAUUUCAAGAUUAUGAAAACGAACCUCUCUAUUCAGAAAGUACUAUUCUUGACCCUCGAUUCAAAAAAAGAGGCUUUAAAAAUGUAUCCAAAUUUGAUAAGGCUGUUAUUGGCUUGAGAAAACGUCUUGGUGCAGUACCAACACAAGCAAGUACCACAUCAACAUCUGUUUUUUCGUCCAAGUCCAACACCACCACCACCACACAGGUACAGAAAAAAAAUAUUGUGUGGGACACUUUUGAUGCCGAAAUUGAUCUUUUAAAGCCUCAAAAUACCACUGCAGCCGCAAUCAUUGAGCUUGAUAAAUAUCUCAAUGAAGAUAUUGUCCCUAGGUCAACUGAUCCAUUGCAAUGGUGGCAUCAAAGGAGGCCUUUUUAUCCUCUUUUAUACAAUUAUAUGUUAAAAAGACUUUGCAUUAUUGCCACCUCUGUGCCUUGCGAGAGAGUUUUUUCAAAUGCUGGGCAGAUUCUUAACGAAAGAAGAACUCUAUUAAAAUCAGAAAGAGUAUCUAAUUCAGAAGGGUCCAGGCCUGCGCCUUCUUUAUCUUUAGAAAUACAGGAACAGUUUGCAGGAAUUUUCAACUCUGAUGACGAUGAUAUCGAUCCUGAUUGUGUUUCUAAUGAUGAUGAUUUGGAAGAUGUUCAAGAGAGUCAAUCAGCACCACAAAAAAGCGAAAAAGACUUGGCGAUGCAGUAUAACAAGCAGCUGAUGAAGAAGAACCAACAAGAGAUGAUGAUACAAAUCAGCACCGAUGAAGAAAAAAACAGCUUGAAGACUGAAAUUGCGGUACAACAGGCUGAUAUGGGUUAUACCUCUAAAGAAGCAGGCAGAACAUCGUCUAUGUCAAAUCCCCAAAAGAAAACGAUAUGUUUUGACUUACAACAGCGUCUACCGACCCCAGACCUGCAAAGUGGUGAAACGUUUUACAAACGACAACUUUGA